GUAGUCUGUACCUGUUCUAGACAUGGAUUGCCUAGGUUGGUUCCUUCCUAGGCCUGUGGCGUCGCUAUUUCGAACUCGAGAGACAAAGGCGGUGCCGCCUCGUUGAUGUUAGUGGGGCCGCGUCGGUGCUGCCACUGGGCAGUUGCCCCGCACUAGAGUGUGCAGCCCAGUCGGGUGGCACUGAGUAGAGCCUGUGACUUUCGCCUCGGUUGGGCUGGUACUUGAGCUGCCGUUGGGAAGUGCGGCUCAACUUGCACGGCCUGCCUGGCUUGAACCGUCUCUCCAUCAAAUGUUCACCGAGGCGCCCAGUCUCCUCCGCACUACUAUAAACAUCUCGCUCGGACGCCUGCGCACAGCAGCCACCACUGCCCCCUCGCUGCCCCGACAGUUGGCCCGUUUCUCGAGCCUGCCGCCGCCCAACAUGGCGCCACCCAAGUCUGCCUACGACUUCCUCGACUUUGUCAACGCCUCGCCCACACCCUACCAUGCCGUCGCCACAUCGGCCUCGCUGCUCGAGACUGCCGGCUUCCAGCUGAUCAAGGAGCGUGACAGCUGGGGCUCGUCCCUCAAGCCGGGCGGCAAAUACUACCUGACCCGCAACGGCUCGUCCAUUGUGGCCUUUGCCGUCGGCGCCAAGUGGCGGCCCGGCAACCCCUUCGCCAUGGUCGGCGCCCACACGGACUCGCCCUGCCUGCGCCUUAAGCCCGUCAGCAAGAAGACCAACGUCGGGUUCCUGCAGGUCGGUGUCGAGUGCUACGGCGGCGGCAUCUGGCACUCGUGGUUCGACCGCGACCUCGGCGUCGCCGGCCGCGCCCUGGUCAAGGACGCCGACGGCAACUUUGCCCAGCGUCUCGUCAAGGUUGAUCGCCCCAUCCUCCGCAUCCCCACCCUGGCCAUCCAUCUGGACCGCUCCACCGAGUUCAGCCCCAACAAGGAGACCCAGCUCUUCCCCAUCGCCGGCCUGGUCGCCGCCGAGCUGAACAGGACCGGUGCCGGCACGGACGAGACAGCCCCUGCCCCCGACGCCGAUGCCGAGGGCGCCGACUACCAGCCCCUCAAGCAGAUGGCGGAGAGGCACCACCCCUACAUCAUCGAGAUUGUCGCCAAGCACGUGGGCGUGGCUCCCGCCGACGUGGUCGACUUUGAGCUGGUGCUGUUCGACACGCAAAAGGCGUGCCUGGGCGGUCUCAAUGACGAGUUCAUCUUCUCAGCCCGCCUCGACAACCUCAACAUGACCUUCUGCGCCGUCCGCGGCCUCAUCGACUCGGUCAGCGCGCCAACCAGCCUCGAGGCCGAGACGGCCAUCCGGCUGAUCUCGUGCUUCGACCACGAGGAGAUCGGGUCUACCUCGAGCCAGGGCGCAAACUCCAACCUGCUGCCCACGGUCAUCCGCCGCCUCUGCGCUGUGCCGCCGUCUCGCUUCGUCGCCGACGAUACGCCCAGCGAGGACAACUCGUACCACAACAUCGACGGCAGCGAGAGCGGCGAGGCCUCGACCGCUUUUGAGCAGUCGCUGGCCACCUCGUUCCUCAUCUCGGCCGACAUGGCGCACUCGGUCCACCCCAACUAUGCUGCAAAGUACGAAAGCAGCCACGCACCCGAGAUGAAUAAGGGCACCGUCAUCAAGGUCAACGCCAACCAGCGCUACGCCACAAACUCGCCUGGCAUCGUGCUGCUACAGGAGGCGGCAAAGGUUGCUGGAGUGCCCCUGCAACUUUUUGUUGUCCGCAACGACUCACCCUGUGGCAGCACCAUCGGCCCCAUGCUCUCAGCCAAGACGGGCAUCCGCACCCUCGACUUGGGGAACCCUCAGCUGAGCAUGCAUAGCAUACGUGAGACUGGAGGUACCUAUGACGUCGAGCAUUCGAUCCGCCUAUUUGAUGCCUUCCUGUCCAGCUAUUCCAAGCUUGAGGCCAAGAUUCUUGUCGACUAGAAGUCAGAAACCAGGUCAUUUUGCCCCUCUCGGUAGAUCUACCCGACUUUCUAGAGACGGCGGCGUAUUCUGUGCAGAUCGGCUUCUGGUUGGAUACAUCUGGUGGCUGGUGAUUGAUGUCCGGCUCAGAAUACAAAUGGAUAAUCUGAUUUCGAUCGCUAAACAUGCAAACGUGAUUUCGAUUUCUGAAGCCCAGGAAUUAGCCGUGUUCUUUACAUGAUGUUGAUAUAUGGUACAUAUAUAUAUAUAUAUAUAUUGCAUUACAAACUUCGGUUAACUGCUACAGGCUACUACAAGCAGGAACCAUUAAACACCG